AAUCCUCACGCGAGUCCUAACAAUAUGGACGCUAUUGAGAGUCGGAAAGUAACUAAUUUGCGGGUGAAUAGCUUUAGCAUUGAGAAUUUACUCAAACCUCAGGUGAACUCCAGUCGAUCUCCAUGCAAUCUCCAUCCCAGUGAAUUGAUCACAGUGAAGAAGUGUUUUGGAACUGAGGAUAAUUACUGUUCCAAUUCCACGGAAGAAAUUCUGGAUAAUACAAGUGAAGCUGCCUCCGAAGAGGGUGGCUGUACUAAUGGGAGUGAUGAUCGCAAGAAGAGGCCCCGGACAGCCUUUUCAGCGUCCCAAAUCAAGGCACUGGAGGCAGAAUUCGAGAGAGGGAAGUAUCUAUCAGUGGCCAAAAGAACAGCUCUAGCCAAGCAACUUCAUCUGACCGAGACUCAGAUCAAAAUUUGGUUCCAGAACCGCCGUACCAAGUGGAAGCGGAAGUACACAGCCGAUGUUGAAUCCUUAGCAUCUCACUAUUACGCCCAAUUGGGCAUUGGAAGUCUGGCUCGUCCGAUGGUUGUCGGAGAUCGUUUGUGGCUGUUUAGUCAAACAGCCAACGGACCUGCUCCUGUUCAAUCAGUUCUUCUGCCCAACACACCGCCCCUCCUUUCACCGUCGGGAAUAUCGCGUCCCCUCGCCCCGUCGGCGAGGAAUGUUGGAGCCAGACCACCAUCCCGAGGCGCUUUUAUCUCACGUUCUUCACCGCCCUACCCGACAAAGAUCCUCCCGCCUCAUCUUCACCCCGCUUAUGAAUCCCACAUUGCGACUCCGCCCUAUUUACCACCCCACCCACCAUCUGGAAAUUUCCUGAAGAUUCAUGAUGACUUCGCCACGAGACCGUUCCAUCCGCACGAACGGUACAGUCACGUUCUCGUAGCUCCUUCACAUGAAUUUCCUGGAACUUCAUCGUCAGGAAUAGCUGAUCUCGAAAGGGUCUUUGGGAAUCACAGUGACCUAAUUAGGGAUAAAACUGUCCAGGCGACUUCUGACACCAUCCCCAGAGAUCCCAUGAGAAUCACAGAUGACAGUGAACAGAGUGAUAUCGAUUGCGAGCAAAUAGAUGAGCAAGAGGACUCCUGAGCAACCAAAAGGAAAGUCAGAAGACUUUUCUGCAACUGUUACCAUUGUUUAUUGUAUAUCACAGCCAGUGUGGCUUCUCUUACAUCUCAUUACUUUCGUGUUUUUUUUUUCUCUGUAUGUCUUAAAGUUACUUGGGAUUAAAGUUAUAUGAUGCUUACAUUAAUUUUUCUUAUGUUGUACAAGAAGAAAAUAUUAGUAAAACACACACACACUUUUACACACUUUUGCACAAAUUGAUAAAUUGUUUUUCAUAUUAUUUUACUUUUGUUUUUCUUUUUAUACAAAAAAUACUAUUAUUAGGUUUCCCAUGUUUGUUUCUCAUUCCACCCGCUAAAUGAAUCGUCGAUGGACAGCAAUGAUGCUUUGCUUUAUGGUUUACGGUAAGUGACAAAAGUUUGAAGACUAUGAUGUUAAAUAUCCAAUAUUUUCUAAAAUUUUCUAACAAAUUUAUUUUAAAUAAUUUUCUAUAUUAAUUCAUUUGUUUAGUCUACUUAAAAAAACUACAUAUCUUUACUGAAAUCUUCAAUUUUUUUACAAGGAAAAAGUAAUGAACUUCUUAAGUAAACUCCGACUGUUAUUUAAGCCACGCCCUCUCUAAACAUUACGAUCAACUAAAAGAGCUAUUUUAUUCAUUUCUAAUUUUUCGCCUAGGUAUACUCUACGCCCAAUGAGAAAGUUAUUUCCAGUUACUUUAAUUUAGAUAGAGAUCUGAAAGUCUUUCCGCCCAUGGAAUUCAUUAGGCCACGCCCCUUAAAACUUGUUGCAUAACACCAAAAUGAGUGAAAUACAAUUGUUCAAAAAAAAAAAAAAAAACUUUAGCUCUCACAUAUUUAUAGAUUAAAAAUGCUGCUUGUUUGAUUCUUGUGUAAAAAUUUUGCUUAGUAAACACUAAGAAAAUUUAAGCAUUGCGUUAGAACGAUGUAUUGAGAAGUAGGCGUGGUUUAUAUAUUGGAGAUAUAUAAUCACUAAACUUUAUUUUGAUUGAUUAUUUGCCUGACUAAAUUUUCUGUUUUUUUUCUACCAAGUUUUUUAAUGGGCGUGGGGUGAUCGAAUUUUUUUGCUAUACAAAAUAAUAAGUUUUUUUUUAAAUAAUUUUUUUGAUUCUCCAGGCUACCUCCAUUUGUUUUUAAUCGAUUUUGUACCCAGACUAAGUUGGAUAUAUCUCUAUUAUUGUGAA